AUGCCCCUCUAUGCCAAGUUCUUGAAAGAUAUGCUAACCAAGAAGAACCAGUACAUUCAUAGUGACACAAUUUUUGUGGAGGGCAACUGUAGCGUGGUUAUUCAACGCAUCCUUCCACCCAAGCAAAAGGAUCCUAGAAGUGUCACGAUACUGUGUUCUAUCGGCAAGGUUGCUGUGGGCAAAGCUCUCAUAGAUUUGGGAGCUAGUAUUAAUUUAAUGCCUCUCUCCAUGUGCCAGCGACUUGGAGAGUUAGAGAUAAUGCCCACAUGCAUGACCCUCCAGUUAGAUGAUCGCUUUAUCACACGGCCAUAUGGAGUGAUUGAAGAUGUUUUGGUGAAGGUUAAGCAUUUGAUUUUUCCAGCUGAUUUUGUUGUAAUGGAUAUUGAAGAGGAUUUUGAUAUUCCUCUUAUUCUUGGAUGCCCAUUCAUGUCUACCGCAAGCUGCGUGGUUGACAUGGGUAAGAAGAUGCUGCAAAUGGGCAUAGAAGAUCAGAAAAUCAACUUUGAUUUAUUCCAUGAGGAUAAAGAUCCGCUUAACCAAAAUGUCUAUUUGAAGGUGCAUGUGAUGGAUGAAAGGAGACCUGAAAAGAAGGUUUUGGAAAUGGGAACCUUAUUGGAACUAGGAUAA